CCAAUGUGCUGCUGGCCAGUGAGGCUCUGGGGCAAAGUAUAAAGAUAAUCUCUCCUGCUGUGUAACCGGCGCCAACACCGAUCCACAAGAGCAGAACUGAACAGAAAAGCCCCAUUGGCUCCUGUAGCGAAAAAUGUCGGAAGAAAGAAGAAUGCGGAUUGGAGUUGUGGGAUACGGACAUAUAGGGAAGUAUCUGGUAGAUAAAAUAGUGAGAGAAGGGGCAAAUCAUUCCAUGGAACUCGCAUUUGUUUGGAACCGGAGGAGGGAAAAGCUCAGCGGGGCGGUGGAUCCCCGUCUGCAACUUCAGGAUCUCUCCGACUGUCAGAGAUGGGCAGCGGAUCUGAUUGUAGAAGUGGCCCACCCUUGCAUAACCCGGGAAUAUGGGGAGAAAUUCCUUUCUGUGGCACAUUUUCUGGUUGGGUCUCCCACUGCCCUCGCAGAUACAGUCACUGAAGCAAAGCUGAGGGAACGGGCGAGGCUCUCGGGGAACACCCUGUAUGUUCCUUGUGGUGCAUUGUGGGGAGCAGAAGACAUCUUUAAAAUGGCAGAACGAGGUACUCUGAAGGGUCUCAGAAUUACUAUGACAAAGCACCCAAACAGUUUCAAGCUGGAAGGGGAUUUGGUGCAGAAGAACCAAGAAGCCAUGAGUAACCGGACCAUUCUGUACGAGGGCCCCGUGCGCGGAUUGUGCCCCUUGGCGCCCAAUAAUGUCAAUACAAUGGCCGCUGCCUGCAUGGCUGCUCAUACACUGGGGUUUGAUGGGGUGGUUGGGGUGCUGGUGUCUGACCCAAGCGUUCCAGACUGGCAUUUUGUGGACAUUGAAGUCACCGGAGGAACCAUUGAGAAAACGGGACAAGUGUUCAGUGUGAAGACCAGUAGGCGCAACCCCGCGGCGCCAUGUUCUGUCACUGGCAGCGCCACCUUCGCCUCAUUCUGGAGCAGCCUUCUGGCUUGCAAAGGCCAUGGAGGAAGAGUUUAUAUCUGCUAACGGGACUCAUUUACUGCUUGUACAAUAUCAAAUGAAGCAUUUGUAUCAAUGGAGUUUAACGUACUUUUUAAAAGGCAAAACAUACAAUAAAUGUAGGGAACCCAUAGAUACAUGCCCCCCAAGCACCCCAAACCUGGGGCAAUGACAGUAGCAACUUGUUGCCAUACAGACACCCCUUUACCUGUGAAAUCCCCCCACAAACCAUUUUUCUUAUUUUUCCACAUUGAGGCAUUUGGGCCAUCACUGACUUCCUACAUGAAGAAUUCUCUAUGCAUUUUUUAUAGAAUUCAAGUUUUUGUAACUUUCCUAAAAAAUUAAGGGAAAAAAUUACCAAAAUGUAUUUUUUUCCUUUAAGAUAAAGCAGUGAAAUGGUGAUUUGUAUCAGCCUCGGGCGUCUCCUGAAUGAAACAAUACUCACAGGUAAAGGUGUGGUCACCAGAUAAGAUCAAAAACUCAUUUCAAGGCUUAUUUUAAAGGGACAUCCCAAUAAAAGUUCAUUUCUUCUUUAAUAA